AUGGGGAACUCGCUUACAGUCUCGAAAAAACCGAAACACCAUCAACCUCAACAACAACAACUACCACCACCACAACACCAACACCCUCAAGCAGGAGACGAAGGGCAUUCACAUCAUCAACAGCAACGCUUUGCGUCCUUUUCUCGUCGCGUGACGUUGUCCCAGUCACCCGGUCCUUUUUUUCGACCUGUUGUCGUAGCCUCGUCCUCCUUCACGCAGCGGUCAGUCCUCGUCGAAUCUGGUCCGAGUCACGCCCCAAAACGUCCGAGCGAAGGCGUGACUAGUGACUGCAGUACGAUCACCGCGACCGAGUCAUUGCUCGGAACGAGACGGUCGGGUCAAGGUGUCGGGUGCUUUGGGGGUCCUCCUGACCAGCUCCAGAGCUUGAAACGCAAAACGGACGACGACGAGAUGCACGUUUUGUCACGACGGAAACCCCUCCCCCACGACACCCAGGAGGGUAGUGGGUACCAUGCUGACCAACCAAAUCACGCGCUGAAUAAGGAUGAUGAUGACGACCAAAGAGCCGGUUUUGUCAUGCCUUGUCAAGUCGGACAAGAAGAAGAAGCUGAAGCAAUAGAAGGUCAAGAAAAAGCCCACCGAGCAGCAGAAGAGCAGCGACGACGGAUCCAGCAAGCCGAGACGAUUUUGCUGGAGAUUGCAAAGGAGUUUGCAGCCAAGCGAGCUGCUGGGUUAGUCCCGAUGAAACCCGUGCCAGCGCGGACGUUAUUGUGGGAAGAGAUGGAGCGACGCGCUCAACGGGUGCGACUUGGUGUCGGCCGGCGAGGGACGUGUCUCUUUGGUCGCGAUUCCGACUCGGGGCCGUGUGGCUGCUCGACGUAUAAAACGGGGAAGAAGCUGCUGGAGGAUGGACGGGAGAACAGCACGGGAGGUGUGUGUGAGUGCUGCAACCACGGAGCUCCUUGGCAUCGACUGGCGGGAGGAACGAUGGCAGCGACUGCAAGUAGCACAUCGACGCUGUUCAAUUCCCGACUGACUGGUCGAUUGUCCAUGCGGUCGCGAAAAGGCACGAGUCGGAGUCGAGCCAGUAGUCGCAAUAGUAAUUAUGCUGCAGCACCGAGAAGUGCGAGUGGAGCGCUCCAGCAGACAUCGAUGGAAGGGUCCGUGUACUCGCUUGGUAGUGAUUACUAUGACGAAUUUGACGACGCGUACAGCGACGACGAGAGCGUUGACGAUGAUGAUGAUGAUGAUGAUGUUGCAAAUGAAGUGGCAAGGCCGCAUGGCAUGAUGGUGAUGGAUGAUCCGGCACCACCGCUCAUGCACAGUCACGCUCGAAGUGAAGGGGAUACAUUGGACCGGAGCUCGCUCUUUUCAAACGGAGACAGCUUUGGCUUGCCACCACGACUUUCAAGCACGAGCCGUCAUCUCGACAAGCUGCUGGGUGCAAUUGCAAAGUACCGCGCGAUGGGAUUGUCGGAAGCGGAGAUUGAAGUGAAGCUCCGACGGGACUUUCCACCGACGGAGCGACUAUCGCAUGAAGGCAAGCGGUCGUCAUCGUCUCGACCGACUCGUGCGAGUCAAUGA